CAUCGAUUAAUAAAAUUGUUAGUCCACGAGUACUGGGAUCACUUUGAAUCGUGACGUUCGUAGGAAUCGCGAGAGACGAAUCGAAUUCCCACCGCGUCGAUUCUCCAGCGCCACGUCCGAGAGCGACUGCCGAUUUCCGUCGGCGCCAUGAGAGCAGCGUCAGACGACGACACGGAGGACGUGGCUCUCGAGUUCGGCGACGACGAUGAGGGGGCUCCUGGCCGGGCGAGGCGGCGCGUCGGGCACCCGUUGGCGACAUUUUCCCACCUAUUUUUCCGUGUUUCUGCAAUUGUCUUUUACUUAAUUUGCGAGUGGUUCAUCGACAGUUUCAUUGCCAACUUUGUCACCAUCAUCUUAUUUCUUUCCUUCGACUUCUGGACUGUGAAGAAUGUCACUGGAAGAUUGAUGGUGGGAUUACGUUGGUGGAACCAGAUUGAUGAAGAUGGCAAGAGCCACUGGGUGUUUGAAGCCAGAAAGGCGUCUUCACGAAACAAACUUAACUCCACAGAAGCAGAAGCCAGAAUAUUUUGGUUGGGCCUGAUCAUCACUCCUCUCAUCUGGUCCAUAUUCUUCUUCAGCACACUCUUUGCUCUAAAGCUGAGGUGGAUGGCAUUGGUGAUACUUGGAGUGAUCCUACAGGGAGCCAACUUGUAUGGCUAUGUGCGCUGUAAACUUGGAGGCAAGCGCAAUUUGACCACCUUAGCUUCUACAUACCUAGGCCAGCAAUUUCUACAAAGGCCUGGAGCAUUCAAGGCUGACUCUUACUUCAGUGGUGGAAAAAGCUGGUAGUGCAUCUGUAUUCACACCAGCAUAUCAAGGUCAAGAGGUCAACACGGCCCUUGCCGUUUGCCACCAAACCUCGGCUUGCCAAUAAUAUUAGUAAAUUUGAUGAGGGCUGAGACAGCGCAAAUAGAAUUACCCUUCACUGUUGGUUAGACCCAUGAUUAGCGGGGUUUUUUGCCUGUGUGCGCAUGUGUACGUGAUCUUGUACGUACGUUAAAAUCGAUCACAUUUGUGUGCACGCGUGUGCUGUUGUCCAAACAUGGGCACACUGAAUUUAUACGAGACGAAAGGUGUGAGAGAUUUUGACAACCCAUCAGCCCCCACGGCCUUACAGGAGUAUGUGCACUAGAGAUAAAGGAUUACGCCACAAAAACAACUGCCACUGCCCAACUCCCAUUUGACGAGAUGACUACUUUAGUCUUAAUGGGCGGAACACUGCACGAGUGAGUUGGUUUUCACACUGAAAACCAAAAUCCUAGUGCUUACCUUAAAUCCAGUUAUCUGUGGAAAAUUACAGAUAACUGACGGGAGUUUAGCCAACAGUUUUUCUUAUUUUCAGAUGGAAUUUAAGGUAUUUUACCCCAUCUAAUUCAGGCUGAAAGCCAAUAAUUGUAGAUGCCCAAAGACAAUGCCGAGUCUGCAAGCAAAUAUUGUAUUGUGAAGAAAGUGCAUGGUGUACAGGUGCUGUGUUGCACACAGUUCAGCGGAAAUCACAGAAAACAGAAACAUCUGUUUUUAUCCUGGAAAAUAAUAUCUACUGGCCAAGUUGACCUUGAGAAAGAGUGGCGUGUGUAUAGCUCAAUUGGCUUACUUGGCAAAAAUGCUUCUGAACUUUUUGAUCUUAAAAAUGGACAACACCAUGUCUCUUCGCGGCCUUCCUCAUAUCUCUAAAUUCGCAGAUAAUUGGAAGUACAGUACUGAUCUGGAUAACGACAUGUUAUCCACACGCUUUAUAACAGCCUGUCACGAAUAAAGAACGGUUUCGCUAAUUCGGAUACGGAUGGCAAGGGUUUAAUUAUGAUUUACAACUUUAAUGAGUGCGGCUUUAACGUUACAGUUUAUUCGACGAGCUACGCAUGAGAAGAGGCGCCUCGUGUUUUGAAUCGAACGGCACAUUUUGUCAAAGGAAAAUAUUCAAUGAUAUUCCAAAUGCGAUUGCUUUUUGCGCACAGCCAUACUGCUGCUGCGUUGUUAAAAGUAAUUGUAAAUCUGUAGGUUUUGGGAAGUAAUCUAAAUGACGGUGUAUUCUAAGCAUAUUGAUUAGUUGAGUAAUGAAAAAAAAACGUAAUAGUGUGUAGUUAUACAAAUUUCUGGGUGUGCUUUGUUUUUUUGCUUUAAAGAUGGCUGCUGUUGGCGAGUUAGAAGCAGAAUAUUAAUUUGCACUGGAGGAAUCCGAUGAGCUAUAAAGCUCUUUUUCACAGAUGUCCAGUAGGGGUGGGUAAGAACGUUACAAGAAACAACAAAAACA